CUCAUUUUCCCACGCAGCUCCGAGGCGCAUCACGUCGCAGCGGAUCUUUUCCUUCUUGUUCACCCGAACCGAGCCGUAGAGACCAUGGACCUGACCCGGACCGCGCUGUGCCUCAGCCUGCUGGCUGUUCUGGGUCCAGUUGUUCUGAGCGAACCGGACCCGCAGCCGGCCGCCGCCACCAGCCCCACGGACACGCAGCAGUGCCUCACCUGCGAGGUGCGGCAGCACAUCAAGACCAUGCGGAUCAACGCCAUCAAGUCGCAGAUUCUGAGCAAACUGCGCAUGAAGGAGGCGCCCAACAUCAGCCGGGACGCGGUGCAGCUGCUGCUGCCCAAAAGCCCGCCGCUGCAGCAGCUGCUGGACCAGUACGACGUGCUGGGAGACGACACGGGAUCCCCGGAGGAGGACGACGAGCACGCGACCACCGAGACUCUGAUGAUCAUGGCCACUGAACCCGACCCGGCGGUCCAGGAGGACGGGGAACCGACCUGCUGCUUCUUCUCCUUCACGCAGAAGCUGCAGGCCACGCGGAUCGUGCGCGCGCAGCUGUGGGUGCACCUGCGCCCCGCGGCCGAGGCGACCACCGUGUUCCUGCAGAUCUCCCGCCUCAUGCCGGCCACGGACGGCGGCUGGAGGCACGUCCGGAUCCGCUCCCUGAAGAUCGACGUGAACGCCGGGCUGAGCUCGUGGCAGAGCAUCGACGUGAAGCAGGUGGUGGCGGUUUGGCUGCGGCAGCCGGAGACCAACUGGGGCAUCGAGAUCAAGGCCUUCGACUCGCGGGGGAACGACCUGGCGGUGACCGCGGUGCAGGCCGGGGAGGACGGGCUGCAACCGUUCAUGGAGGUGAAGGUGUCUGAGGGGCCCCGGCGGGCCCGGAGAGACUCGGGUCUGGACUGCGAUGAGAACUCCCCGGAGACGCUCUGCUGCCGCUACCCGCUCACCGUGGACUUCGAGGACUUCGGCUGGGACUGGAUCAUCGCCCCGAAGCGCUACAAGGCCAACUACUGCUCCGGGGAGUGCGAGUACAUGCACCUGCAGAAGUACCCACACACCCACCUGGUGAACAAGGCCAACCCCCGGGGGUCCGCGGGCCUCUGCUGCACCCCCACCAAGAUGUCCCCCAUCAACAUGCUCUACUUCAACCGCCAGGAGCAGAUCAUCUACGGGAAGAUCCCGUCCAUGGUGGUGGACCGCUGCGGCUGCUCCUGAGUCCGGGCCGCCGCCUCAACGCUUCAGGCUCCAGACGGAUCCGACGCCUUCCUGCAGCCACCUGAGGCCACCAGCAGGGCGGCGCUUUCACCACCAGCAUACUGUAGCUUUCUUUCUUCCAGUGAACUUUGGCCGUCCGACUCAAAGCCGGACGGGCGCGAGAACAGAGCAACGCCUGACGGACCGUGAAGUGAAUGUAGACAGAAAUGAUCCAAGUUAAACCAAAGACAUUCAUCCCCACAAAGUUCCUGCAUCUCUUUUCUGUCUGAAGACUAAAGUUAGUCAAUUAUUAACAGCAAUAAUUUGAGUUAAUUAUCCUGAUAGAGAAAAACAUGGAGUUUAAUUGUUCACUCCCUGCUUCUCAUGAAUGUCAGUUUCAAACGAAGCAUUUAGUUUGAAUGGAGCUAUUUAGUUCACAAGAUAAACUUAAGUCAUCAGUGAGCAGAUAACUAUUCAGCUCCGAACUACAUAGCUAGCUCUGAGCUAGCUUAACAUUUAGUUAGAUUUGAGCUGCAUACAUUUUGGCUAGCUGAGCAGCUAGCUACCAAGCUAGCUAUUUAGCUUGCUGACUAAUAUUUAAUUAGAAACUUUGGGAUUUACAUAAGAAUGAAUAACA